UCGGAAAGCAAAAACGAAUUUUUUUUCAUAGACUUCAAUAAUCUUCCUUUCUUUCAUAUAAAAGAAUACAGUCUCCAGAUAUAUAGCUUCAGUUUUUGAAAGGCUUUCUUUCUUCUUAUUAUUUUUUUCACAGAUUUUGACAACCCUAAAGAAAUUAUCACCACAACAGCCUAAAUCAAAGAAACAAAGAUGAUACUAAGGAGCUCCUCAACACCAGUUCUCGGCUCGCUCAUUUCUUCAUUGUCAGACGGUAGUCCUAGCAGAAACGUCAACAACAACUUGAAUAAUCACCGUGAAGCCAAGAGCCAGUGCCACCUUCCACCCGCCAUUCCCCAUGCCAACCACCAUAAACAUAACAACAAAUUACUACCAUUUGGGACUCGUAAUCUACCUUCCGUCUCUUGCAACUCUUCUCCUAUAUCUCCCUCGGUUUCUGACCAUUUCUCUGCUUCCCGUAAAGGCUUUCGCCGAGUUGUGUCAGAUGGGAACUUGGAAGGACUAGCCCAUGCUUGUUGCAACGAUGAAGAAGUCAAUAAUACAGACCCAAACCAACAACCCCAGAUGCUUUCACGGAGAAGCAAGUCCUUGAUGUUGGAAACGAUACCGUCUUUUUCAUACUCAAGCAUAAGAGGCAGGCGUGAAAAUGAAGAAGAUGAAAUUGAUAUAGAAUAUGAGAAAGAGGAAGAAGAGUAUCUCGAGAGAAAUAUUGCAAAGGAUAGCAAGAUGGUCAUGGCUAUGGAAGGAAGUGAGUUUAGUUUCAAGAAUGGGAUGGGGAGUAUGGUUCUUAUUAAGGAGGCCAAAGCUACGGAUAAAUUGUGGAAUACUAGUUUUGCGGGGGAAAAGGAGGUUAUUGGUCAAGAACUGAAUCUUGCAAGGGGGCUUGGCCUUGGUGGGGGAAGUGGAGUCAGUGGCAGCGGCGGGGGCUGCGGCGGUAGUGGUGACCUUACUUCUGGGUCCGGUGGGGAUGGAGGUGAUAAUCAUAGGGUUGAGGAACAUUAUAGAAGGAUGGUUGCGGAAAAUCCUGAAAACCCUUUAUUCUUGAGUAAUUAUGCUCGAUUUCUGCAUCAAAGCAAGAAAGACCUUGGAAAGGCAGAGGAGUACUACUGUCGUGCAAUUCUAGCAGAUCCCGGGGAUGGUGAUAUUCUGUCACAAUAUGCUACGUUGGUGUGGGAGCUUCAUGGUGAUGAAGACACAGCUUCCAGCUAUUUUGAAAGAGCAAUCCAUGCUUCCCCUCAAGAUAGCAAUGUGCAUGCAUCAUAUGCUAGAUUUCUCUGGGAAACAGAGGAAGAAGAAGAUGAUGAUGAAUGUAAAGCACCAAGUAAUAUGGAUGGCAUGGGUAAGCGACUUUAUGCAGGAGCAUUAGAAUCUACAAAUGUUUAACUGGAUCCAUAGAAUUUACUUAUCCAUAAUGAAAUAGAGCCUGGUGAGAGGGAAACCUUUCUGUAAAGUUCAACCGUCAAUCUAUUUAUUUAAAGUCAUAAAUCAACCAAAAUAAUCCAUUGGUUACUUUACCUCCA